CGUGAGCGCACCCAGCUGUCAACACUCGUGGGCUACAGCUCCCAGAACCCUCCUUACACACACGCGCGCACAGACUCACAACACCUCUGCGUCAUGCGUCCUGGGACCGACGGCACGAACGCGGUAACUCCGAUGGACCCCGGCAAAACGCACAGCUGCAGCAGUGUGAGGGGCUGAUCGGGUCCAGCUUAUCUGACCAGUUGCGCGUCUCCCGACUGCUCUGGGAAAGUUGCGCUCGCAGUGUGGUCGCAUUAUGGAUUUUAUAACUGCAAGAGGCAACGCCAGCAACGCGACCAGCGGUUACCCUGACGGGGUGGACGUGGUUACCGACUGGGACGGGAGUGAGAAUGGCACAGGCUCUGGGUCUCCACCAGAUGUAAAGCUGAGUUACCAGAUUAUCACCUCUCUGCUCUUGGCGGCCCUCAUCCUCUGCUCCAUAUUUGGCAACGCGUGCGUUGUGGCUGCCAUCGCUCUGGAGAGAUCUCUCCAGAAUGUGGCUAACUAUCUGAUUGGAUCUCUGGCCGUGACAGACCUCAUGGUAUCGGUUCUGGUUUUGCCAAUGGCGGCCCUCUACCAGGUUUUGAACAAGUGGACACUGGGGCAGGAGAUAUGUGACAUAUUUAUCUCUUUGGAUGUACUGUGCUGCACAUCAUCCAUCCUGCAUCUGUGCGCAAUCGCCUUGGACAGGUUCUGGGCCAUAACAGACCCGAUCGACUAUGUAAAUAAACGGACACCGAGGCGAGCUGCGAUCUUGAUAAGCGUGACUUGGCUAAUUGGUUUCUCCAUCUCUAUUCCGCCUAUGUUAGGCUGGAGAAGUGCCGAAGACAGGGCGAACCCCGACGCGUGCAUCAUCAGCCAGGACCCGGGCUACACCAUCUACUCCACAUUUGGGGCUUUUUACAUCCCUCUCAUCCUUAUGCUGGUCUUGUAUGGGCGAAUAUUCAAGGCUGCUCGGUUUCGGAUUCGAAAGACGGUGAAGAAACCCGAUAAAUCAAUAGGUUCCGAGAAGUGCUUGACUGUGUCUCCGGCUGUCUUCCACAAGAAAACCAACGGGGAGGCCGGGGGGAAAGGCUGGAAGCGCUGCAACGAGUCGAAGCCCAGCUCUCCGUGCGUAAACGGCGCGGUGAAACACGGAGAGGAGGGCGAGUCACUUGAGAUAAUAGAAGUUAUCAGCACCUCCAAAACGCACCUGCCUCUGCCCAACACCCCUCAAUCCUCCUCGCAGGGCUAUGAACACAUGAACGACAAGAACUCGGGGGCGAAGAGAAAAAUCGCGAUGGCGAGGGAACGCAAGACGGUGAAAACACUGGGUAUCAUCAUGGGAACUUUCAUUUUCUGCUGGCUGCCCUUUUUUAUCGUCGCACUCGUGCUGCCUUUCUGCGCGGAAAGCUGCUACAUGCCCGACUGGCUGGGGGCAGUCAUAAACUGGCUGGGAUACUCCAACUCUCUCCUCAACCCCAUCAUAUAUGCCUACUUCAACAAAGAUUUCCAAAGUGCUUUCAAGAAGAUUAUAAGAUGCAAAUUCCACAGACCGUAAACCACACACGACGAAAACAAUUAUUUGUGUUUACUCAAAAGUGGAGAGACUGAGCUGACAGCACGAAAUGUUUGCACACUUUGGAGCGGGAGGGAAGCGAGACUUUUCAUUCAGGGACUGUGGUUUUUCAAAUGUGUGUUCGACCGUGGAAAAAAAAAAAGAUCAAAAGAUCAAAACCCGGUGGCGAAAUGUGACAUGACGGGAACGGUCGCUCUUAAUGUACAAGCUCGUGUUUUUUUUAUUGUUGUAGCCCCAGUAUGUAUUCUAUAUGCCACAGCAGCCAUCGCUAUAAUGCCAUGCAACACGUGUCAUGUGCGGAUUCCAUGCAUUCUAUCCUGAGGCACGCGGGGUGUCCGUCCCACACCAUGAGCUUUGUAGCACUGAAACAAUAAAAGCAAUCGAAGUUUGUCAUUAAUAAAUAUGAGUCCAUCUUUGUGUAGACAAUUAAAAAGGUAAUGAGCUAAGUAGCGAUCAGGUGCUGUUAGUCACCAUCACUUGGGAUCCACUCAUCAUCAUAACAUCGUUAUGAAUCAUUGGAUGUUGUUGUUGAAGCAGUGAUAAACUUAUCAAUUUGCUUUCAUGCCACAUGAUGAUGAUGAUGAUGAGCGAUCAGGCUGUAGGCCGCAUGGUGUGUUUAAUGCGUUGCAGCAAAUCAGUAUGGUGUAAAACCCCUCUGCCAUCAAUCCAGCAGGAGUCAAAAGAAAAGAUGAUGGGCAAUUUAUUUCCCAAAAUGAAGGCUGGCAUCACAUUUCUGAUAUGUUCUCAGUCUCGCCCCUCGCUUCCCAUCCCCCUUUCACGUGCCCUGUGUGCAGACUGAAAAACAGAUUGAGUAAGAAAAUACCUUGAGAAAAGAAAUCUCAAGGGAGCGGACGGCCUGGUUGCAUUAACAUCCAGCAAAUCACUGCUAAAUUUAGUACGAGCAUUCCAAAUACAUCAUAAUGUGCCACGUACUCAUCACUUCUUCUCUCGUUAAUCAAACCAAAUCCCAGACACAAAUCCACUAAUAUACAAAAAGAUGAAGACUGACAGGAAAACAAUGUUGAGGAAGAACCAUUGAGGCCCGGACUCCUCACAAGAUGGGGAGCAAUGCGGCCUCUAAGGCACAAUGGGUCAGUCAACGUGGCGGAUGGGCUAAGUGAGCGCGGACAGACUAGAAUGGCAAUUUAGGCACGAAGCAGAUGUCUGAAAUUGAGCAAGUUGUAUAUAUGUUACAGGAAACAUUUAUAACUUUUACAAAUAAUUAACCAAUGGUGGGAGUAUAGUUAAUUUAGAGGUAAGAAUGCAUAGGCAUUGGAUCUGCAUGUAAAAUCAAAUUUUAAAUAAUUUAUUUGUGUGGUGUAUGCAGAGUUGAGGAUAUUUAUGUGUUUAUUAUUAUAUUAUGUCAACAACCCUAGUUCCUCCUGUGAGGCACCUGUGAAGCUGCACCAGUUAAUAAAUACAUACAAUAACACAUAUGUAAUCAACUGCAAUUAAAUGUGAAUACACACACAUUUAAAAUUGCUUAAAGUUUUUAAUGAAUCAAUCAAUAAAAUGUAGUUUUUGUGUGGACUCAUAAAAACACAUUGAGCUUAGAAAAAAUAACUCAAGGUCCACUUGUCUCAUCUUUUGCUCAAUAGCGAUGAAGUAUUUAUAAAUACAUCAUGAAUAAAUAUAAUCGGAAUAAAAAUAUUACAACUUUUAUAAA